AUGGCUACUGCAUUCCGAAAUGCGGCUAAAAGUUAUCAAAAAGUUCAUCGCGAAAGAUCUCAACUAAAAUCUAGAGAGCACUUGGGAUUCUUAGAGAAGAAAAAAGAUUAUAAAAGGCGAACAGAAGAACACCACAAAAAAUUGAACACAUUGAAAUUUCUGAAGAGAAAAGCCUUAGACAAGAAUCCAGAUGAAUUUUAUUUCAACAUGGUUCGCUCUAAGCUGGUGGAUGGCGAACACAAAGCAGAUGACAAAAUAGUUUCAUAUACAGAUGAUCAAUUGAAACUUAUGGAAAGCCAAGACAUCAAAUAUGUACAACAUAAAAGAAGCAUUGAGAAGAAGAAAAUUGAAAGACUGAAAGCUUCUUUACAGCUGUUCGACAUUCCUUAUUUACCGAAGAACGAGCAUGUCAUAUUUUUAGAUAGUAAACGAGAAGUGGAGACAUUUGACCCAGCCAAAUAUUUCAACACUCUACCUGAGCUGGUGAACAGAUCUUACAACAGACCAACACUUGAAACGUUGAAAAAUUCAUCGCAGUUUCAAAUUGACGAUAGGAUAUUGGCUGAGGCAACCGUAGAGAAAGAGAAAAAGUAUGGUGAGUUGGUGAAGAGGAUAGAGAGGGAGAAGCAACUGGCCAUAGUUGAAAGCAAACUGAGCAUGAAAAAACUCCUAAUUGAUAAAAGUGUUCCAAAGAAGAAGGUAGCAGAAGAAACAGUCGAUUCUGCAGCUGUUUAUAGAUGGGUCUUUAAAAGGAAAAGAUGA